UUAUUCAGUAAAAAAGCUGAACGCGUCACAUUAUAUACUAUUGCUCUCUGUAAAUUAGUUACUGGAGAGAAAAAUAAAAAAACUUGAGAGAGAUUACUUGAGCUCUUCCACAAUGGCGACUUCUCCAAAAUCCAACGCACCUUUCUUCGUCAUAUCUCUUGCUGGCCACAACUCGAGUCCGAUCAUCCCUAAUGCGUUUUUUGCCACUCACAUAGAAGGUAAGAAUGAGUUAACGAAACUGAAGUUGACCUCUGACGCUUGCGACACAACCUGGCAAGUCAAACUGAACGGCCGGAGAUUCGCUGAUGGCUGGGAAGAUUUCUCCAACGCUCACUGUCUUCGAAACGACGACGUUUUGCUUUUCAGAGAGGACGGGGAAAUGAUCUUCCACGUCACACCUUCUGGAAGAAGUUUCUCCAAGAUUCAUUAUAUAUCUUCUAGCUCUGACGAUAGUGAAGCUGACGAAACUGAUGAUGACGACACUGAUGAUGAUGAUGAUGAUGAUAGUGAGGAUGAUGACGGAGAUGAUCAUGGUGAUGAGACAUGGGACAAAGUUUCAGAUUUGAGAACAAGAAUAAAAGCAGAGUCGUCUUCAACUGAAAACUCUUGUAUUCUCGGUGUCACGAGUUCUAAUCUUCGCCUAAAUCGAGUGGCUCUCACAAAAAGUUUUACUAAAGCAAAUGGACUGCACAAGAGUUGGUGUGAGAUUAAUGUAAUUAAUCAAAGUGGAAAAUCAUGGGUUAUGGGUCUGCGACACAACAAAGGAACUGGUCAGGAUUAUAUGCGUGGUGGCUGGAGAAGUUUCUGCCGUGCAAACAAGCUGAAAACCGGAUCUUUCUACCGGUUCGAACUUCUCCGGACUGGGACAAGCCCUGCGCUAAAGCUGUGUUCCGACAAUACUUCACAAAGAAAAUGUUCCAAAGCCAAAGUUUCGACAAAUCUUAACAGGGAAGGUGGUGAGAGAUCUUCUAUGAACCGGAGCAAGUUCAUGACGGUAACCUUGAAGCCUUACAUGCUCAAGUCAAGACAGCUUCAUUUUCAAAACUCUUUUGCGAGGGAGAACGGGAUUAAGAAAGGAGGAAAGGUUAAUCUGGUGGACAAAGAUGGAGGAAGAUGGCCGUCGUGUGUAGCUUCUGGGUAUGUAAACGGAGGGUUUUAUUUGGCUAAGGGUUGGGUAGGUUGUUGUAAAGCCAGUGGGAUAAACACUGGAGAUACCUUCACGUUGCAGUUUGUUCGAGAAAAAGGCAAAACUCCUAUGCUUCAGUUCGUCUCCAAGGCCAAGACCAAGAUAAACUCAGGGACUAGGUUCCAAAAGAAAGCUAGGGUUUCUGUAGAAGGAGAACCCUCUCACCGCACUCAUGCAUCACACAAAUCAACUGUUGGUACAAAUAACGUGGAGUGCAAGCAACCGCUUGAAACAAUCUCUCAUCAAGUGAGACAGGGCAUUGUGAACGUUUUAGCUGAUGUAAGACGGUUCCGGUCUGAGCUUGAGAUAAAGAAACAAAAUUUAGAAGCUGUACUGGAGGAAUUUGACGCGUUAGGGGAGAAAGUAUCGGAAAUCAACAAAUUCUUCAAGUAAUUAUAUUAGGCUUAAAUGUAUUGUAUUGAAGAUGAAGAAAUUGAACAUGGACUUGUGUAAACUUUGUUUGUAUGGAAGAUCAAGGAAUUGAACAAGGUCGAACAAGAUGCGUACUUGUAUGUGUUGUUAUAUAAUUAUGUAACUACGUUACAAUGGAUAUUGAUAUGUAAUGUACUUUCUAAUUCAUAAAUUAGUAAUUUUGAUUUGUUUUUGUUUUUA